GUGGCGGCGCCAUCUUGCCUGCAGUAGGGUGCCUCUCGACCGGAGCGUGUGUCCCAUUCGUGACAGACUUCAACGGAGAAGUUCGAACUCUAACUUGAAGACAUGCGGGUGGCAGUGAUUGGAGCGGGAGUCAUUGGUCUGUCAACAGCUCAGUGCAUCUAUGAGCAGUAUCACUCCAUCGUCAGUCCGCUGACCAUUGAGGUGUAUGCAGACCAAUUCACUCCACUGACCACCAGUGAUGGAGCUGCUGGCUUUUGGCAACCAUAUCUCUAUGACAAUGGCAAAGUCCAAGAGACAAAAUGGAACAAAGAGACAUUUGACUACUUGGUGACCUGUCUCAGUUCAGCAGAGUCUGUAAAAAUGGGUAUAUUCCUUCAGUCUGGCUACAACCUCUUCAGUGAGCCAACCCCAGAUCCCUCAUUUAAAGACAUCGUCCUGGGUUUCAGACAACUCACAGAGCGAGAACUGAAGAUGUUUCCUGGAUACAAUUAUGGCUGGUUCAAUACUGCUCUAAUGGUGGAGGGUAAAACAUACUUACCCUGGCUGAUGGAUUGGUUGAUAAAAAAGGGUGUGAAAUUUUAUCAAAGGAAAAUAGAGUCCUUCAAAGAGCUGGCAGAAUCAGGUGCAGAUGUGAUAAUAAACUGCACCGGGGUGAGAUCAGGAGACCUCCAGCCUGACCCUGAGCUCAAACCAGGCCGGGGUCAGAUAGUAAAGGUGGAUGCUCCAUGGCUGAAGCAUUGGAUUCUUACCCAUGACUUAAAGGCUGGAGUCUACAAUUCACCAUACAUCAUUCCAGGAAGCCGUCUUGUGACAGUGGGCGGUGUUUUCCAGUUAGGAAACUGGAGUCGACAGAACAACUCCAUCGACCAUAAGAAUAUCUGGGAGGGUGCCUGUGAGCUUGAGCCAAGUCUCAAGCACGCCAGGAUAGUAGAGGACUGGUCGGGCCUGAGGCCUGUUCGCAACAAAGUCCGGCUAGAGAGGGAGACAAUACCGUCAAGUGCCACUCCCAUAGAGGUUAUACACAACUACGGCCAUGGAGGGUUCGGACUCACCAUUCACAGAGGCUGCGCUCUGGAGGCAGCAAAGCUCUUUGGUGAGAUCGUGGACAAAAAAGGCGAAGGCCCAAAAGCUCGUUUGUGAAUUUGUUUCAGAAAGUAGAGAUCGGUACACUCCUUUUUUUUAAUACCAAUCUCUAUCAGUGCCUUGUAUCUUAAACAUAGCACUUUUAUUGCCUCUAACUUAACAAUCACUGCAAACAGAUAUCAUAUGCAUCUGAAGUAAAUAUACCAAUACAGCCUUGUACUUGUUGUCCAUUAUCUGUUAAGAGAUGGCUCAUUCACAUGUAAUGUUUAUACCUGUAAGGGAUUAAUUAAAAAUUCAAGUAUUCA